AUGUUCAGUCUUGCUUCAGGAAUAUAUAAACAAUUAACUGAAAAAGUGGAGUAUAAUGUUAUUAUUGUUGGACCAGAUAAUGCGGGUAAAUCAACAUUUGUAGAGAAUGCCAAAAAUAUAUGUAGUAUUAGUAGGAACUUGGUAAAAAAAAAUCUUAAAAAGAUACAUACAACAGUUGGUUUAAAUUUAGGUAAAAUUGAAAGAAAUGAUAUGAUAAUAAAUUUUUGGGAUUUGGGUGGGCAGGAAAAACUUCGAAGUUUAUGGAAAAAUUAUAUUAAUGAAGCACAUGGAAUUGUUUAUGUAAUUGAUGCAAGUGAUAAAGAUCGUUUUGAAGAAGCAAAAAAUACAAUCUUAUAUUGUUAA